UUCCCUUUCCCUGAGGAAUGCUGCACCAUGCGCUGCCUGGCCCGCCUCAGCUCCAAGGCUCUCCUGGUCCUCUGCUCCCUCCUGGCUCUGCUCUCUCUGCUCCUCUGGACCCGCUGCUCCCACCAUUCCCAAAUCCCCCCAAACCCCCCGGAACGCCGCGGGAACUCCGCCGGGAUCCCCGAGAGCGAGGAAGCGUCGCCGCAGGAACAACCGAAAGCUCCGGGAAUUGCGGGAAGCGCCGGGAAAGCGUCGCCGAGGUACGAGGAGAUCGACUGCGUCAUCAACGAGGAGCACACGGUGAAGGGGCGCCGCGAGGGCAGCGAGGUGUUCCUGCCCUUCAGCUGGGUGGAGAAAUACUUCCAGGUUUACGGCCGGAUCGCCCAAUCCGACGGGAAUGAGCGCUUCGAGUUUUCCCACAGUUAUUCCAAGGUUUACGCCCAGCGCGCUCCGUACCGGCCCGACGGCGUCUUCAUGUCCUUCGAGGGAUACAACGUGGAGCUGCGGGACAGGGUCAAGUGCAUCAGCGGGGUGGAAGGAGUUCCUCUCUCCACGCAGUGGGGCCCUCAGGGCUACUUCUACCCCAUCCAGAUCGCCCAGUACGGGCUGAGCCACUACAGCAAGAACCUGACGGAGAAGGCGCCGCACGUGGAGGUGUACGAGACCGCGGGGGACGGGAUCGGCGUCGGGAACGGGGUCGGGAAUGGAGAGUGGACGGUGCCCAAGGGCUGCUCCCUCGCCACCGUCUGGGACAAGUCCCGGCUCACCGGAGUCAAGCACUUCUCCUGCCCAGAAAGCUCCGAGGGCGUUUCCCUGGAGCUGAACAACGGCCGGGAUUUCAUCAUCUCCUUCGACCUGAAGCUGCUGAGCAACGGCAGCGUGUCCGUGGUGUUGGAGAGCACGGAGAGGAGCCAGCUCUUCACCGUGCACUACGUGUCCAGCACGCAGCUCAUCGCCCUCCGCGACCGGCACAUCUUCUACGGCAUCGGCGCCCGCAGCACCUGGAGCACCCUCACCCGGGAUCUCCUGACGGAUCUCCGGAAAGGCGUGGGGCUCUCCAACACCAAAGCCGUCAAACAAACCAAGAUCAUGCCCAAACGGGUGUUGCGUUUGGUGGCCAAAGGUCAAGGAUUCCUGGACAACGUCACCAUCUCGGCCACCGCGCACAUGGCCGCCUUCUUCGCCGCCAGCCGCUGGCUGCUGCGUAACCAGGACGAGCGCGGCGGGUGGCCCAUCAUGGUCACCAGGAAGCUGGGAGAAGGUUUCAAAUCCUUGGAUCCCGGUUGGUACUCGGCCAUGGCGCAAGGCCAGGCCAUGUCCACGCUGGUCAGGGCUUACCAUCUGACCAAAGAUCCGGCGUUCCUGGGCGCGGCGCUGAGGGCCACGGCGCCCUUCAAGCUGCCGGCGGAGCAGCGCGGGGUCAAGGCGGUGUUCAUGAACCGGCACGAUUGGUACGAGGAGUAUCCCACCUCUCCCAGCUCCUUCGUGCUCAACGGAUUCAUGUACUCCUUGAUCGGCCUCUACGACCUGAAGGAGACGGCGGGAGAAAAAUUGGGGAAGGAAGCGCGGCUGCUGUACGAGCGCGGCAUGGAGUCGCUCAAGGCCAUGCUGCCGCUCUUCGACACCGGAUCCGGCAGCGUCUACGACCUGAGGCACUUCAUGCUGGGCACGGCGCCCAACCUGGCGCGCUGGGAUUACCACACCACGCACAUCAACCAGCUGCAGCUGCUCAGCUCCAUCGACGACGCUCCGCUCUUCAAGGACUUCCUCAAGAGGUGGAAGAGUUACUUGAGAGGAGGCCGGGCCAAGCACAACUGA